UUCAAACUUGUAAACCUUGCCUCCUCCCCCUUUUACUUCCCUCCCUCUUAAGGCACAUGGGUGGUUUUGUGGUCGGUGUAUCCGGUCUCUGUGUGAUACAGCAUGUGCACUGAGGAAGCAGGACAGAUAAAACAUAGCUCGUAUUUCUGGGAAUCCUUACCUCACUGCUGAUGGGGAAGCGUGCUCCCAGGCACUGGCAGAUAAGAUGCUGGGCUUCUUGUCAUACUGAAGCAUAGGGCUGGCUCACGAGAAGCUGCCAGCAGGACUUCAUGAUUUGGGAGACCCAAAUCUUCAGCAGCAUGUUGCUUGGUUUCUUUCUAAGUUUGUACUCUGACAGCUGCAAAACCAUAUUUUAAGUUGAGAAUGAGCAAAUAUUUUACUGGAGGAUAAGUGAUACUGUUAGAAUUGCUCGGGGCACGUGCCGGGCUGAAUUUAGAACCAGCAAAGAAUCACACUGGCAGGAGGGUUGAAGCCUUGGUUUCCACAGCAGCUACGAGCUAUGGCUAUGUGAGCACCCUCCAGGCUGUACUACUGGCAUGUGUCUCUGCUGACCUGGUGGAAAAUCUCUCUGACUGGAACUGAGCUCUGGAGGAACAAAGUGGAGACUGGAGCAUGUGGCCUGAGGAUUGCCUUACAAAGCCAGGGGUGGUACCUAAGAAGUGAGCAGGAUGCCCCCAGGCAUUUACUGCCCUAUGGAAUUCUGGUCCAAGGGGGAAAACCAAAACAUCCAGGUGGACUUUCUGCUGCCCACAGGCAUAUACUUAAACCUCUCUGUGUCCUGCAAUGCCAGCUUGGGCACCAUCAAGCAGGUGGUGUGGAGGCAUGCUCAGUAUGAGCCGCUGUACCAUAUGCUCAGUGACCCCGAGGCCUAUGUCUUCACGUGCAUCAACCAGACAGCGGAACAGCAAGAGUUGGAGGACGAGCAACGGCGGCUUUGUGACAUCCAGCCCUUCCUACCGGUACUGCGGCUCGUGGCUCGAGAAGGCGACAGAGUCAAGAAGCUUAUUAACUCCCAGAUCAGCCUGCUCAUUGGAAAAGGUUUGCAUGAGUUUGACUCUGUCCAGGAUCCAGAGGUGAAUGAUUUCCGCACCAAAAUGUGCCAGUUCUGUGAGGAGAGAGCAGCAAAGCGGCAGCAGCUCAGCUGGGCAGCUUGGAUGGAGUACAACUUUCCCUUGCAGCUGGAGCCCAUGGCCAAAGGCCUUGGGACUGGCUUUCUACAUACCCCCACCAAGAACAUUUUUGUCAACGUCAAGUUUCAGUCUGGCGGGGAGAGCUUCACUUUCCAGAUCUCCCCAAAGGAGUUCCCCAUCACAUUAAUGAGCUAUGCUAUCAAGAAACAGGCUACAGUCUUCCGCCAUGAGACAGUGGAGAACCCAGAGGACUACACCCUGCAGGUGAAUGGGAAAUGUGAAUAUCUCUAUGGGAACUACCCCCUGUACCAGUUCCAGUAUAUUCGCAGCUGCCUGCACCGAGGCCUAACGCCCCACCUGACCAUGGUACACUCCUCCACUAUCAUUGCUAUGAGAGAUGAGCAAACCAACUGUAUUGCCAGCCCCCCAAAGAUGGCUGCCAAGCCUCCCCCGCUCCCUAAGAAAAAGCCAAACUACGGUUCUCUCUGGUCCCUAGAGCAGCCUUUCUACAUUGAGCUGGUGCAAGGCAGCAAGGUCAAUGCAGAUGAGCGAAUGAAGCUGGUGGUGCAAGCAGGUCUCUUUCAUGGCAACGAGAUGCUGUGCAAGACAGUGUCAAGCUCUGAAGUGAAUGUAUGCUCAGAGCCAGUGUGGAAGCAGAGGCUGGAUUUCGAUAUUAACAUCUGUGAUCUUCCCCGUAUGGCGCGGCUCUGCUUUGCCCUCUAUGCUGUCAUCGAGAAGGCAAAGAAGGCACGUUCCACCAAGAAGAAGUCGAAGAAAGCUGACUGCCCGAUUGCCUGGGUGAAUGUCAUGCUCUUUGACUAUAAGGAUCAGCUGAAAACAGGGGAGUGCUGCUUGCACAUGUGGUCCUCCUUUCCAGAUGAGAAAGGGGAACUUCUGAACCCCAUGGGCACAGUACAAUGCAACCCCAACACAGAAAGUGCAGCAGCCUUGGUCAUCUGCUUCCCCAGCGUUGCAUCGCAUCCUGUGUAUUACCCGUCAUUUGAGCAGCUGCUGGAGUUGGGGAGGACUGGAGAACAACCCCGCGCUGCACCAGAAGAUCCUGAGGAGAAGCUGCAACUGAAGGAGAUACUGGAGCGGAGGAGCCACACUGAACUUUAUGAGCAUGAGAAAGACCUGGUGUGGAAGAUGAGAUAUGAUAUCCGUGACCAGUACCCACAAGCUUUGGCAAAGCUGCUUAUCAUCACCAAAUGGAACAAGCAUGAAGAUGUUGCCCAGAUGAUUUCCCUGCUUCAGACCUGGCCAGAGCUGCCUGUCCUGAAUGCCCUGGAGCUGCUGGAUUUUAGCUUUCCUGACCGUUAUGUUGGUUCCUUUGCUAUCAACUCAUUAAAGAAGCUGACAGAUCAUGAAUUGUUCCAAUAUCUGCUACAGCUUGUCCAGGUGCUUAAGUAUGAAUCCUACUUAGACUGUGAAUUAACCAAGUUCCUGCUGGACAGGGCGUUAUCCAACCGCAAGAUCGGCCACUUCCUCUUCUGGCAUCUGAGGUCAGAAAUGCAUGUUCCUGCCGUUGCGUUGAGGUUUGGCCUGAUCCUGGAAGCAUACUGCAGAGGCAGCACCCACCAUAUGAAAGUUCUGAUGAAACAGGGAGAAGCACUCAACAAGAUGAAAGCUCUGAAUGACUUUGUUAAAGUGAGUUCUCAGAAGGCCACCAAGCCUCAAACCAAGGAGAUGAUGCAUGUGUGCAUGAAGCAGGAAACUUACCUUGAAGCACUUUCCCACCUCCAGUCCCCCCUGAACCCCAACAUUAUCCUCGCUGAAGUUUGUGUGGAUCAGUGCACCUUUAUGGACUCCAAAAUGAAACCUCUAUGGAUUGUGUUUAAUAAUGAAGAGACAGGUGGAGGUGGAGUGGGUAUUAUUUUUAAAAAUGGAGAUGAUCUUCGUCAGGACAUGCUGACUCUGCAGAUGAUCCAGCUGAUGGACAUCCUGUGGAAGCAGGAGGGCCUGGACCUGAGGAUGACCCCUUAUGGCUGCCUCUCCACAGGAGACAAGACUGGACUGAUAGAAGUAGUCAUGCAUUCAGACACCAUUGCCAACAUCCAGCUGAACAAGAGCAACAUGGUGGCCACUGCAGCCUUCAACAAGGAUGCACUGCUGAACUGGCUAAAAUCCAAGAACCCAGGUUAUGCGUAUUUCCAAGCUGUCCCACAAUAUCUUCUUUCCUGUGCUGGGUACUGCGUGGCAACAUAUGUGCUGGGGAUAGGUGACCGGCACAGUGAUAACAUCAUGAUCCGGGAAACUGGUCAGCUGUUCCAUAUUGAUUUUGGUCACUUUUUGGGGAACUUCAAGACUAAAUUUGGUAUUAAUAGAGAACGAGUUCCUUUCAUCUUAACCUAUGACUUUGUGCAUGUCAUCCAGCAAGGAAAAACUAACAACAAUGAGAAGUUUGAAAGAUUCAGGGGUUAUUGUGAAAAAGCCUAUAUGAUUCUGAGGCGCCAUGGUCUUCUCUUCCUGCACUUGUUUGCACUGAUGAAAGCUGCUGGCCUGCCAGAACUCAGCUGCUCUAAAGACAUUCAGUAUCUAAAGGAUUCCCUGGCUCUUGGGAAAACAGAUGAGGAGGCACUGAAGCACUUCAGACUGAAGUUUAAUGAAGCCCUGCGAGAGAGCUGGAAAACCAAAGUGAACUGGCUGGCACACAACGUUUCCAAAGAUAACAGACAGUAGCGCAACAUCAGCCUGCGCACUUGCUCCAAGAGAAUGUAAUACCUGCACUGAGGCCAGCCAGUUGUAAACAGGUUUUUAAAGACUGAUGAAUGUUGCUGUGUUGAAGAUCCGGCACCUGCGUUCCCAGAGAUCAGACAUUUCUGCAUGACUGAAAAAUUGAUGGACUGUCAUCAGCUGCAUAGUCACGUCUGCUGUAGGUCUUUGGGGGAACAAGGGAGAGAAGUGAGGCAAUAAAAUUACUGCAUACAGUGAAAGGUAGGUAGGUGUACUGUAUCCUUAUGAACUUGUUAAACUUCAGAUACAUCUUUGAAUGGAAGAGUUCAGGCAGUUAUACCAUCUUUCCAGUGUGUUAAUGUGUCCAUUUCUAUUCUCUUGAAGAUCUAGUUGAACACUGAGAACCUACUAUCCCUGUAGUUCUUGUACUAUAGCCCGUCUUCUAGUUCCCCACCGUUGCAGCUCAGAGGCAUUAACUUCACCACGUGAUCGCCCCUCCUACCCUGUUUCAGUGUACACGAGGUAGGUCAGCUUAAAUCACCACUGAAGCUGACAUGGACAAAUUGUUUUACUCUGCAGUGUGACAGGGUAAAAAUAUCCACGCUGUUAUAUUGUUUUCUCUCUGCUACAGAGGCCAAAGUGUUCUGAGACUGAACUGGAGCCCAUCUAUUGUUCUUGUGGCAUCACUUUUUUGACAGCAGGCUUGGAUUGGCCAAGGCAUUAGGUACUUUUGUUUGCUUUCACAAGUCAGAUUUCGGCUGAGCCUCAAGCAAUUCCUGGUUUCCGUGUUUAUUCUGUUUUUUAAGCCUGAAAAAUAGCAAGAUUGCAUUUUCAGGAUUGGCAUGUGACAUUGGCUACAUGUGCCUCCUGCUGGCGUACAGCAGAGCUGGUUUGCCACCGGGUUGCCCUGUAACACGUGCAUGCCCUGUAAUACGUGCGUACCUGCGUAAUCACUGGGACACAGCACUGCAAUUCCAGUGUCAGCUGGACGGGUGGCUCCAUUCUGUGCCUGAGCGAUUUGGCCAGCCUGCCUUCCUGCGUAAGGACAGGAGUGCCAGAUGAGUGGGUUUAACACUGAAACACUUACAGUAAGUUGCAUCUCAACUCUCAUCUUCUUACAAAUUUAUUCCGUUUGUUUCCACACUCUUCCUCCUCUCAACCACAAUGCACAGGUCCCUGUAUUAUUAUUAUCGUGUUGUUAGAGCAGGUGCACAAAGACUGCGCUUCUGUAUGGGGGUUCAGCCAAAGAGCACGCUGUGGUUGUCCGUGCUGGUACCUAAAUCAGGACAAACUGUCUACUCCAGACUCCUCCUGUUCUCACUGCUGCCUCCAUCUCCUUCCCAAGCAGGAUCUGUCCCAUCUCCCACAGGGUGCUGUAAUCAAUCACGUAUUUCUACUCAUGUGUCAUAUUUCUGUCCCCAGCUAGCGUCCUCACCUGUGAGCAGCUCUGAGCACUGGUGUUGGCACGGGGACAGAGGAACAGGAGCCACUGCUACCACUCAGUGCCUCACGUGAGCAGAGCGAGGGGCCUCAUGCAGGAUGCAGCCCCUGGGUCAUGUUGGAAGAGAGGUGGAGUAGCGUGGUUAGUACCCGCUCCCUUUGGCAGUUCCCUGGGGUGCUUCCUUCCCUUUCCCCAGCUUCACCGCAACAUCAGGUUCCUGGAGGUGCUAUCCGUCCCGCAUUUAGAAGAACAGCAUGGUCUAAUUUUUCAAGACACCUUUAUUCUUAGUAAGUCUUCCCUGCCAUGGGAUAAAUUUGAUUUGAUCGUGUUUUUACAUCCCAGCAUAUAGAUAAAACAAAUAAAUUCCUGACUUGAUACUUUAAAAUCAGGUACUUUAAAAUUAAAAGAAUACUGCCCUAUACAGGCUCUUUAAGUCCACUCCUUUUUUUUUUUUUUUUUUUUUUUUAAAGAGGACAAGUUCAAAUAUGUUUGUUCUUCAUCAGCUACACAGCUAAGUUAACACUGCCUUCAAAAAGUAACUUAAAAUAGAGUAGUGGGUGGUAAUACUAGGGUUUGGUCAGUGAAUGGAAUAUGAAACACCUUUAAUAAACCCUUCCCUCGUUACCUUUACACAGAUACGAGCAGAUCAUGAUUCAGUGUUGUGCUGUUGCUAAUUUAAAUUCUGAUUUAAAGUACUUACUGUUUCUUUUCGUGAAAGAUGUUAUGCCAUGAAGUCUACUCUAUAGUGUUUUGUAUAUAUUAAUAUAAACCAGGUUGCCUCUCCUGGAGCACCUGACCUGUUACUCAAAGCAGCAUUGCUACAGAACACAACUCAUUUUAACUCUGUGUAGCCCUCGGCCAUCCCCUUUCUCUACGCCUUGCGAAUGAGACUGUGUGGGACUGAGAAGUGGCCAGAAUAUUUCAGGACAGGGGCACGGACCCUUCCAAGUGACCCAGAUUUCUUAUUACCCCAUCCCUCUGUAACAGUGCUUCAGCACCCUUGUGUAACAGUAAGUAAUACUGGAGUAUGUUUGCAGCAAGUUAUUUUUUCUUCUGUACUUUGCCCGUGUUCCAGA